AUGGUUACCUCUGUAUUUCAUGGAGAUGUUAUUAGGUUUCCUUCUCCUAAUGACUUAUGCUUAAUUAUUGCAGAUGGACUUGAUGGAGAGAUUUGUUCACUGGUAUCUGGAGACCAGCGAGAGGUGGGUGAGGCUGAACAGCUAGUUUCUCUGGUGAUUGUCAUUGGAGCUACUAACAAGCCACAGGAGUUGGAUGAUGCAGUACUGUUUCUCGAUGCUACUUCUUUAGGCGCUCUCAAGGGUGCGGUGCGUCUGCAACUAAGUAUGGGCUCCUCUGAUGUGAUGCACAAGUCCAAUUAUGAUGGAGGGAGCAUUGCAUUCCCAGUGGUUCUUGUCACAGUCUGCAGAUGCUAUGAUGCCAAAUUAAAUUACUCAGCCGCUGCAGGGUUUGUUCUCAGUAGUACUAAAAUGCUGCUUGAAAGUCAGACACCUAAUGUGGUGAUCGUUACACCUACCUGUGUUGAUUUGAUUGCUGCACAGGUGACAAGAGGUGGAAGACAACUGGGCCACUCUAAAGUCUGGCUAUUCAGAUUGUUCCGAGGAUAUGGUCACAGUGUUGUGCGCAAAUCUGAUCCAAGAUAUGUUUUCCAAAGACAUUCACCUGAUGAGCCUCUUUUCCAGCUGGUGUCAAAGCUUUACGGAGUUGUGCCACACAUUGGGGUCUUGCUGAACCACUAUGGUCUAACAGAAACAAGGUACCACACCGUGCUCUUUGGUGUUUCAAGGAGUCUUGCCAUCUGCUCUCAGCUUAGAUGA